AUGGCUACCCCUAGUGUCCUCGCUUUUGACGCUGAGGGUCGGGCCAUUGACUUAGAUGUCUGGAUAGAUGACCUGCAACUUUUCUUACAGUGCGAUAGGGCAGACGGUCUCUCUCUCUUUGACAUCAACUCUGGUGCCUCUCCUGCCCCUGCUGCUGAUGCUGACGCCACUGUUCGCUCACAGUGGGCCACGCGCGAUGCUGCUGCACGUCUUGCUGUGCAUCGCCACCUGCCUACCUCUGAACGUGCGCACUUUAGCCAGUACAAGAGUGCUCAGACCUUGUACGAUGCUGUAGUUGCACGCUACUCCUCCCCUGCCACUGCUGCACUGAGCCGCCUCAUGCUACCGUACCUCUUCCCUCACCUUGCUGCCUUUCCCACAGACGCUGACCUCAUUACGCACCUCCGCACUAGUGACACUCGCUACCGCGCUGCGCUUCCUGCUGAGGACCACUUCCUCUUAGUCUGUCCCACCACUCUCACUGUUGACCUCCUCGAGAAGGCCCUCUUAGCAGCGGAGAAGAGCAUAGUCGCUGUAGGAGCCUCUCGUGGUGACCCGCGCACCCCCAUCUUUGAGGGGUGUUCCCCCUCCCCCCCUUUGCCCUCUGUUGCCUCUGCUGCUACGGCCGACCUCGUUGGGCUUGAGUCGGUCGGUGCGGCGUCUACCCCUAGCGGGAGACGCCGCCCUGGCAAGGGCAAGGGGGGCAGGGGCGCUGGAGGAGCUAGCGGGGGCGGUGGAGGCGGCGGUGGAGGCGGCGGAGGGGGUGGGGGUGGUGGUGGGGGUGGUGACGGACGUGGAGGUGUCGCUGGCGGCAGUGGAGGCGGAGGCGGCGGCGGUGGCGGUGGGAGCGGAGGUGGCGGAGGUGGCGGCGGUGGAGGAGGCGGUGGCGGAGGAGGUGGAGCUGGUCGGGGUGGCGCUGCGCAGAGGGUCGGCUCCGGUGGUGGUCAGCGCCAGCAGCAGCAGCAGCGCACCCGUGACAUCCCCCCCUCUCAGCAGCUCCGUGAGUGGUACGCUUCACGCCAGCGGGGUGGGGGUACUGGUCCGUGCACGUACGUCCUACGCACCGGCGACCGCGCGGGUGAGCAGUGUGAAGGUGCGCACCCCACCCAGCGCUGCUUUGGCCGCCUGACGGACGCUUGGCAUCACCAGUUUCCGGAGGCCACGGAGAUCCCCCGCUGGGGUGAGCUGUCUAGGGCCGGAGUAGCUAUCUUUGAUCUUGACUUUGAUGCUAUUCUUGCUGCCAUGUAUGCUGUGACUAUUAGUGAUGAGGGUGACUAUUACCGGUGUUUCCCGCCCGACCCGGGCAUUGAGACUACUGCUCCAGGUACUGGUGAGGCUGCUGCUCUAGGUGCUAGCGAGGCUGCUGCUCUAGGUGCCAGUGCGUCUGCUCCCUCAGGUGCUGGUGAGUCUGCGCUCUCAGGUACCGAGUCGGCUUCGGCCUCCCUCACCUUCACCCUUGACUCGGGGGCUUCUCGCUCCUUCUUUCGAGACCGCACUACACUCACGCCGCUUGGUCGGCCAGUUGCGGUCUCUCUGGCAGACCCCUCUGGGGGUCCUGUCCUUGCUCACUUCUCAACUGUCCUCCCGUGUCCGGCGGCUCCCUCUGGCACCCUGUCUGGUCUUCACCUCCCCUCGUUCUCUAUGAACUUGGUAAGUGGUGCUGACCUUCAGGAUGGGGGAGUCCACCAGUUCACUCCUGCGAGCCAGCGGGUGACCCACUGCACGGACGCUCGGACGGGCCGACACUUGGCCACGUUUACUCGUUGGCCGGGGUCGACCCUGUACACACUGACCACUACGUCUCCUUCUGUCCCUGCGUCUAGUCAGGUAGUUGCGUCGGGUCAGGUGUCUGCUGCAGCGUCCAGGUCUGGUCCUGAGUCUACCCCCUACUCGUGUUGCCUCCUGUCUCACGAGACUCUCCUCUGGCACCACCGCCUUGGUCACCCCUCCCUGCUUCGUCUCCGAGGCAUGGCCUCCCGUCUCCUUGUCUCUGGUCUUCCCUGGUCCCUGUCACGAUUCUAA